CACGCACAACUCACGUCUAUGGUAGUUGAGCCGAGUGAGAAACAGGCCUAUUCGUGCGCUUGCUUCUUCUACAAAACAUUAGGUGUGUGUGCUUUAGGCCACAGCAAUCCCAUGGUCAUGGAGAUAGAAACAGCACCUAUGAGCCCGCAGCAGCGAGCAUACAACGUCGACGGCGUUUCGGACCAGCGGUCCGGCGCCGACGGCGGUUCAGAACAGCGGUCCGGCGCCGGCGCUGGCGCCGCUAAACCACUGUACCGCAACCCCGUCGUCGUCGUCAACUUCCUCCUCAUGGCUCUUGGCACGGUGUCUGGCCCGCUCCUCCUUCGCGCCUACUACCUUCACGGCGGCACAAGCAAAUGGCUGACCAGCCUGCUCCAGACCGCCGGGUGGCCGCUCCUGCUCCCGCCGCUCUGCGUCUCCUUCAUCUCCCGCCGGCGGCGCCGCCAGAGCGAAGAGAGCGCCACCGAGGCCGCUUCGCUCUCGCUCAUGUCAGCCGGCCUCCUGGCCGCCACCAUCGCCAUCGGCCUCGUGAUCGGGCUCAUCAACUACCUCUACGCAUACGGGCUGGCCAACCUCCCGGUGUCCACCUCCUCCAUCCUCAUCUCGACGCAGCUGGCCUUCACGGCCGUGUUCGCGCUGCUGGUCGUCCGCCAUCGGUUCACGGCCUUCUCGGUGAACGCGGUGGUGCUGCUCGUCGUGGGCGCCGCCAUGCUGGGGCUGAACGGCGGAGGCGACCGCCCCGCGGGGGUGUCCCGGGCGCAGUACUACGCCGGGUUCGCCAUGACGCUGGGGUCCGCGGCGCUGUACGGCCUCGUGCUGCCGCUCAUGGAGCUCAGCCAGGCGCGGCACGCGGCGCGCGCGGGCGCGGCCGUCACGUACACGCUCGUCUUGGAGAUCCAGAUGGUAAUCGGGAUCACGGCCACGGCCUUCAGCGUCGUCGGCAUGCUGGUCAACAAGGAUUUCCACGAAAUUCCAGAUGAAGCGCGGAGGUUCGACCUGGGCGAGGCAGGCUACUACUUUAUCCUCGUUAGUUCAGCCACGGCUUUCCAGUGCUUCUUCAUCGGCAUGAUUGGUGCCAUCUUCUAUGGCUCGGCGCUACUCGCCGGUGUCAUCAUGACACUGCUCAUCUCGGUCACCGAGGUGUUUGCCGUCCUUUUAUUCCAUGAGCCAUUCAAUGGCACCAAAGGUGUCGCCCUUGCGAUUUCUAUCUGGGGUUUCAUCUCCUACUUUUAUGGUGAGAUUCGAACGAAUAAGAAGCAGUCCAACACGUCAACCGAUAAGGAGCAGUUGGAACCGUAGAUUAAUAUUUUAUUGUGGUAUUGUUUGUAUACUUUCCAGUAAGGACUCUGUGCUCAUGGGAUCAUUUUUACCCUUCAGUUUUGAAAAGUCAAAACAUGUAUUGUAAAAUUUCAAUUUUUCCUUGAAGUAUGUUCAUAAUGAAGUAAA